AUGGGUAGUGCCUACCACUGGGAGGCCCGGCGUCGGCAGAUGGCAUUGGAACGGAGGAAGGCGCUGAUGGCACAGCAGCAACAAGAGCAGGAAGCAAUAAAGCAGGAAGAGAAGAAACAGCAUUUUGAGAAAACAUCUCAGCCACAACAGGAUUCAAAAGGACCCCAACAGGAUUCAAAAGGACCCCAUCAGGAUUCAAAAGGACCCCCACCUGCACAGCCACAGCAACAAGCACAGCCACAGGAGAAGGCACAAGGACAGCCACAGCCGCCUGGGCCAAAGUCACAAAAGGAGCAAGACCCACCUACACAGAGCACCUUCAAGGAUGGUCUCCAGAAGGACACUCAAAGGCAAGGACCCCAGACUAAACCAGUGGGAGCUCAGCAAGAUGGCCAGCAAUCCUGUAAAGUGUGUGACAAACCCCCCAUCCUUCCAGGUCGAGUCAAUUAAUUACAUCCAGCAGUGGUGAUCCAGAGACGGACUCCAAGACCCGAUGAAAGCGAAAAUAAAAACAAAACCCCAAAAUCAAUCAAACAAAAAACCCAAGCACCACCAACCCCCCCCCAAAAAAAAACA